AUGUCGAUUGAGAGAGAGUGUCGGUGUCUUGAGUUAGAAGAAAGGGUUUCGAAAGCUGAGUUAGAAACAGAGUUGCAGAAACGGAAUAAGGAAUUUGAAUCACUUGAACAGAGGUAUAAAGAAUCGGAAGAAGAGUUAGUUGAGCAGAUGAUGGUGACCACAACAGUGGAGUAUGAGAAACAGGUGGCUGAGAAAGAAGCCAAGGAUUGGAAGAGAAAAUUCGAGACUCUUGUGGAUACGUUUCGAAAGUUAGAUGAAAUUGGUGCAUUGAGAGAAUUGGAAUUAGAAUCGCUAGAUGAAAACGUAAAGCUAGGGUUAGGUUUAGCUAAGAUAAAGUUACCGAUACCAAAGAAAACUGAAUCUUGUCAAGAUGAUCUGAAUAGGAAAGGUUUAGCUUAUCAUCAAAUAUCAGGUUUGCCUUAUAUUACCACACCGGUUAAAGACUAUAUGGUGGGGAGAGACAGAGAUGAUGCGUCCUCUCGGAGACGAGUAAAGAAGAUGUUGGUGUUUGAUGAUGAUGGUCGCAAAUCGGUUGAUGUAGUUGUAUUAUCUGAUAGUGAUGCAGAGGAGAGAAGCGAGAAGGAAUCUGAUGGUGUGGACACUUUAGAGGAGAGAAGUGUUGGUGAGAACUAUGAAGAUGAAGAUUGUGAAGUUAACACAAACACUCCUCUUGGUGGUCGUAAGAGGAAACGUGUUAUUACUAGUGACUCGGAGAAUAACGAUGCUGAAGAUGAAGACGACAACAUACCGAUCGCAAUACUCAAGAAUCUGAAACCAGUGAAACAAGAAACGUACGGAUUGGUUGAUUCACCACCGAGUAAAGAAGAGAACGAGCCUGGAAGAUUGAAGAGACAGCGUCGAGUGUCGUCAAGACUGAGAGAAAAGAGAGUUGUUGAAGAGAGCUUUACUUCAAGAAGUGAGAGACUUGUUGGAAUCCAAACUACUGAUAAUGCUGAGGAUGAUGAGACAGAAGAAGAAGAAGAGUCAGGGAGCGAGAGCAAUAGCUUGGAUGGCUUUAUUGUCCCUGAUGAGAUUACGAGUGAGAAGUCUGAUGAAACCGGAGGCGAUGAUGAUGCACCACCGGAGGAGGAUGAUACCGUUUACGUGGAGGUCAUGUCAAGAUUGAGGAGGGACAAGAAACCAAAGGACCGGAAUUGGGAGUACGAGGCAGACAUGCUGGCGGAUUUCGGCAAAGAUCCGGAGCUUUGCAUGAGAGCGGUUUGUGUUCUUUACAGGUUUCAAACGGAAGAUGAGAAGUUAUCAAGAACAAGUCAUGUCACUAAUAGUCGCGGUUUCAACAAGCUUGACGCCAAAAGGGGCACUCGCAUUGGACAGUUUCUUACGGAUAAAGAUCCUGAGGGUGAUUUGGUGAAAACUGUUGAGGAAUUGGAGAGUUUCGACUUUGAAGCGGUUGAGGUUUGCGGAGAAUUAGCAAGACGGUACUCCAAACAACUCUUCGAGAUUUAUAACAACAGAGAAGAUCCAUUCUUCUUUGCUCCUCCAUCUCCAUGA